CUUGAUUAAAAAUUCAAAUUUCUAAUAUAGUCAAUAAAAUCAAAUAAAUAUCAAACACUUUUUAUGCUCAUAUCAUAUGAAUCGAAAUGUACAGUAUUCCAUAAGAGAACCAGGCGCAGAUCCAAGGGGAGCCAAGGGACUAUAGCCCCCCUUCCCAUAGAUUAAAUGCUUCUAUUAGAUUUUCAUCUUUAAAUGAACAGAAUAAUCGAGGUCGUCCAGUAGUUGUAUUUGAAAAGAGUAGUGAACGAAACAUACGGAAAAAAACUCAAAAACUGAGAAAUUAGACGCCUGUUAAUAUGUUAAGUCAUGCAACACAGAUGAGCUUAAGGGCAUCGGGACAAAUUGAAGCAGCAAAGUUACCGAAGGAAAUAAGUACAUCCACUCGCACACGUGCAAGUAGAUAUAGAAAAGUAUUUAUGCAGUCACAAGCACCUAAAAAACUAUCGAGUGAAGAUGUACUAGCUGUUAUAGUAGAUGCUAAGCUAUCUCGACAUCAGUACAAUAUUAUUCGGAUGAGUGCCUUUGAUAAAUUUUCAUCAUACAAAGUCGUACAAGAAAGUAAAAAACAAUGUAAUCCAAAACCAAAAGAUAUACAAGUAACUUCUACACACGCAGAAGUUUCUUUACAAGCAUUACUUGAUCACACAGUAGAAAGAUUAUUUUUAGUGCAAAAACCUGUUAUUGACGUACUCCCAGAAAAUGAAUUGGAUAAAUUUAUUUUAUAUUCGAAAUGGGGCUUUGAUAGUAGCUCUGGACAUAGUCCAUAUAAACAGGCUUUUUGUAGUCUUGAGGCCAGUAAUUCGGUUGUAUUUAUUACAAGUUUAGUUCCACUUCGCUUGGUAAAUGGUGACCAAAUUAUAUAACAAAUCCACGUCCUGCAUCAACUAGAUAUUGUAGG